CUCGGGAGCCGGGCGCGGCUGGCGGCGGCCCGAGGCGCGGCGCGGCGGGCGGGAUCAUGGCGGACGGCGUGGACCACAUCGACAUCUACGCCGAUGUGGGCGAGGAGUUCAACCAGGAAGCUGAAUAUGGUGGGCAUGAUCAGAUUGAUUUGUAUGAUGAUGUAAUUUCUCCAUCUGCAAAUAAUGGAGAUGCCCCAGAAGAUCGUGACUACAUGGAUUCUCUCCCACCAACAGUUGGAGAUGAUGUAGGUAAAGGAGCUGCGCCAAAUGUUGUCUAUACGUACACUGGAAAGAGAAUUGCCUUGUACAUUGGAAAUCUUACUUGGUGGACAACAGAUGAAGACUUAACAGAAGCGGUUCAUUCAUUGGGAGUAAAUGAUAUUUUAGAGAUUAAAUUUUUUGAAAAUCGUGCUAAUGGCCAGUCAAAAGGAUUUGCCCUUGUGGGUGUGGGAUCUGAAGCAUCCUCCAAAAAAUUGAUGGAUUUGUUGCCUAAAAGAGAAUUGCAUGGGCAGAAUCCUGUUGUAACUCCAUGUAAUAAACAGUUUCUGAGUCAAUUUGAAAUGCAGUCAAGGAAAACAACACAGUCUGGUCAGAUGUCUGGAGAAGGUAAAGCUGGUCCACCAGGCGGAAGCUCACGUGCAGCUUUUCCACCUAGUAACAGAGGGCGAGGCCGUUUUCCAGGUGCUAUUCCAGGUGGAGACAGAUUCCCUGGACCAGCAGGGCCAGGAGGGCCACCACCACCUUUCCCAGCUGGACAAACUCCCCCACGUCCACCCUUAGGUCCUCCAGGUCCACCAGGCCCACCAGGCCCUCCACCUCCUGGUCAGGUCCUUCCUCCUCCAUUAGCUGGACCUCCUAAUCGUGGUGACCGUCCACCACCACCAGUUCUGUUUCCAGGACAACCUUUUGGUCAGCCUCCACUUGGGCCACUUCCUCCAGGCCCUCCACCACCAGUUCCAGGCUAUGGACCACCACCAGGUCCACCACCACCUCAGCAGGGUCCACCUCCACCUCCAGGUCCAUUUCCCCCUCGUCCACCUGGCCCUCUUGGGCCGCCCCUGACUCUUGCUCCUCCACCACAUCUCCCUGGACCACCUCCAGGUGCUCCACCGCCAGCACCACAUGUGAAUCCAGCCUUCUUCCCCCCACCCGCCAAUAGUGGCAUACCUACUUCAGACAGCCGUGGCCCACCUCCAACAGAUCCGUAUGGCCGACCUCCACCAUAUGACAGAGGUGACUAUGGGCCACCUGGAAGAGAAAUGGAUGCUGCCAGGACACCUCUAAGUGAAGCAGAAUUUGAAGAAAUCAUGAAUAGAAAUAGGGCGAUCUCAAGCAGUGCCAUUUCAAGAGCUGUAUCAGAUGCCAGUGCUGGGGAUUAUGGAAGUGCUAUAGAGACCUUGGUAACUGCGAUUUCCUUAAUUAAACAGUCCAAAGUAUCUGCUGAUGAUCGUUGUAAAGUACUUAUUAGCUCUCUUCAGGAUUGCCUUCAUGGAAUUGAGUCUAAGUCUUAUGGUUCUGGAUCCAGAAGACGUGAGCGAUCCAGGGAGAGGGACCACAGCAGGUCAAGAGAAAAAAGUAGACGCCACAAAUCACGUAGCAGAGAUCGUCACGAUGACUAUUACCGGGAAAGAAGCCGUGAAAGAGAGAGGCAUCGUGACCGUGACAGAGACCGCGACAGAGAACGUGACAGAGAGAGGGAAUAUCGUCAUCGCUAGAGAAGGCUGUGUUACCUUCCUGUACCAUUCCCUUUCCUGCUUCCCAUUUUGUGCAAAGAUAUAUGAGUAAACGGUUCAAGAAAUGGUUUUGAAAUUGGUGUUGAGGCUGGUCUAAGCUGGAAUACAGAGUUGUGAUGCAAAAUAUAAAGAAAUGGAUGUUUGUCAGAAUGCCUGACUCCAAAGGAUUUUAUAUAUAGUAAGCAGUUUUGAUACCAGCAGGCCAAAGAGUCUGUUGAAUGCUUGAGUCUCUGGAGACCCAUAUUUCUCAACAAGGUAAGGUGGUAUCCUAGCAAAUGUGCAUUUUAAUGGAUUUUCAGUGGAGGUACUUAGUUCCAUUUUUUUUUCCUUGAUGUUAUACUUGAAAUACUGCAUUAACUUUUAGUUUUCAUGAUUUUCUUUUUUUCAGCCUUUAGGAGACUGUUAAGCAAUUUGCUGUCCAACUUUUUUGUUGGUCUUAAACUGCAAUAGUAGUUUACCUUGUACUGAAGAAAUAAAACCCAUUUUUA